AUGGCUGGGCAGAACUCCAACAUCCCUGAAACAAGCUGCUCUUCUGCUCUUGCUCCUAUACUUGAACAACCCAUAGCCAUCAUUGGUGAUGAAAAACUGGCUAUUCCAGUUGAGGCACCGAUCGUGUUGUCUUACAAUGAUCGAAUACGCCCACUGCUUGAUGCAAUUGACAAGCUCCGCCACCUUAACGUCAUGCAGGAAGGUAUACAGCUCCCAACAAUUGUGGUGGUUGGUGACCAAUCGUCUGGGAAGUCUAGUGUUCUUGAAUCACUUGCUGGCAUCAGCCUUCCACGAGGCCAAGGCAUUUGCACUAGGGUGCCACUCAUAAUGAGACUUCAGCAUCACUCAGUUCCUCUCCCGGAGCUUCACUUGGAGUUUCUGGGCAAAACUGUCCAGACCGAUGAAAUCCAUAUUUGUGAUGCCAUAAAUCAAGCAACUGAUGAGAUUGCUGGCUCUGGUAAAGGCAUAUCACACAUCCCAUUAACGUUAGUUGUGAAGAAAAAUGGCGUACCUGAUCUUACAAUGGUUGAUUUGCCAGGAAUCACUAGGGUGCCUGUUCAUGGGCAGCCUGAAGAUAUAUAUGAGCAGAUAUCAGCCAUAAUCAGAGAGUACAUAAAACCAGAGGAGAGCAUUAUCUUGAAUGUUUUGUCUGCAACUGUUGAUUUUCCGACUUGUGAAUCCAUUAGGAUGUCACAGCGUGUGGACAAGACCGGCGAGAGAACUCUGGCUGUUGUUACCAAAGUCGACAUAGCUCCCGAAGGUCUGCUAGAUAAAGUAAUGGCAGAUGAUGUGAAUAUCGGGCUUGGCUAUGUGUGCGUUAGGAAUCGCAUAGGCGAUGAAUCAUAUGAUGAAGCUCGAAAGGAAGAAGCUAAUUUAUUCGAAACCCACCCGCUUCUCUCAAAGAUUGAUAAAUCUAUGGUGGGUAUUCCAGUUCUGGCCCAAAAGUUGGCGCAAAUUCAAGCUGAGAUAAUUGCAAAAUGCUUGCCAGAAAUUGUUAGAAAGAUCAAUGACAAGCUGCGUGCAAACAUUUCAGAACUCAACAGAAUGCCCCAGAAUCUGACUUCUGUUCCAGAAGCAAUGUUUGCUUUGGUGCAGAUUAUUGGUUCCUCCAUGGAAUCUCUUAGGAAUGUUCUCUUGAGAGGUGAGUUCGAGGAAUACCCAGAUGACAAACAGAUGCAUUGCACUGCUCGUCUUGUAGAAAUGCUCAACCAGUGCGCUCAGGAACUACAAGAGAGUUCAGAAGACAACUGCAAGGACAAUUUUCUAAUGCAGGAGAUACGAGUUCUUGAGGAAACCAAAGUCAUUGAGCUACCAAAUUUCCUUCCUCGCACGGCUUUUCUCAUGAUCCUGCAGAAAAAAGUAAAUAAGGUACAAGGAGUACCGGUUGAGUUUGUCUCUAAAGUAUGGGAGUACAUUGAGACAGUGGUGGUUGCUGUUUUAAAGCGUCACUCUAAACAUUAUCCACAGCUAGAGUCAUCUACAAUAAGAGCAGCCCAGAACCUUAUUGCCAAGAGGAAGGAUAUGUCAGCUGAUCGAGUGGUGGAGAUAAUUGAGAUGGAGAAGACCACAGGUUAUUCUUGCGAUCCUGAAUAUCUGACAUUAUGGGGUAAGCUCAUGGAUGGUAAAGACCAGUUCCUUUAUGUUAUGAAUAAUUAUUCGAGGUCCACACGGAUCAUCAUUGAUGGUUUUGGGGAAGUUGAAGUUGGGCAUUUAAAGUCCUUCCCUAUUAUUAGAGACCUAGCAUUUGACAUAAAAAUGAGAAUUACAGCAUACUGGAACAUUGUUCUGAAAAGACUCGUUGAUUUCAUGGCUCUGAACCUGCAGUUCAGUAUCAAGAAUCUGGUGAACAAGGACAUGGAGAUGGAGGUAGUGAAUGAACUCAUGGGUCCUCAUGGUGGUGGACUUGAAAGGUUGCUAGAAGAAUCGCCGUCGGUGACCAUAAAGCGUGAGAGAUUGAACAAAAGUAUCAAGUUGCUGAAGGACUCUAAGGAAGUUGUUGCUAAGGUUUGCUUUGUCCGAAUGGCUGAAAUCCCAUAUCAUUGUGAUGGGAAACUCUUCUGUGGCAUUAAUGUUAUGUUUGUGUUUGGUAGUGUGUUGCUAAGCUAUAAAGAAUUCCAAUGUAAUGGAAAGUAUUAUGCGUUAGUGGAUGAUAUUGACUUGUCUCUUUCAGCCACUGGAUUUCUAGAGUCAUCUACAAUAAGAGCAGCCCAGAACCUUAUUGCCAAGAGGAAGGAUAUGUCAGCUGAUCGAGUGGUGGAGAUAAUUGAGAUGGAGAAGACCACAGGUUAUUCUUGCGAUCCUGAAUAUCUGACAUUAUGGGGUAAGCUCAUGGAUGGUUAUUCUUGCGAUCCUGAAUAUCUGACAUUAUGGGGUAAGCUCAUGGAUGGUAAAGACCAGUUCCUUUAUGUUAUGAAUAAUUAUUCGAGGUCCACACGGAUCAUCAUUGAUGGUUUUGGGGAAGUUGAAGUUGGGCAUUUAAAGUCCUUCCCUAUUAUUAGAGACCUAGCAUUUGACAUAAAAAUGAGAAUUACAGCAUACUGGAACAUUGUUCUGAAAAGACUCGUUGAUUUCAUGGCUCUGAACCUGCAGUUCAGUAUCAAGAAUCUGGUGAACAAGGACAUGGAGAUGGAGGUAGUGAAUGAACUCAUGGGUCCUCAUGGUGGUGGACUUGAAAGGUUGCUAGAAGAAUCGCCGUCGGUGACCAUAAAGCGUGAGAGAUUGAACAAAAGUAUCAAGUUGCUGAAGGACUCUAAGGAAGUUGUUGCUAAGGUUUGCUUUGUCCGAAUGGCUGAAAUCCCAUAUCAUUGUGAUGGGAAACUCUUCUGUGGCAUUAAUGUUAUGUUUGUGUUUGGUAGUGUGUUGCUAAGCUAUAAAGAAUUCCAAUGUAAUGGAAAGUAUUAUGCGUUAGUGGAUGAUAUUGACUUGUCUCUUUCAGCCACUGGAUUUGUAAUUACACUUUGA